AUGAGAAACUACACACAGGUUUCAUUUUUCACACUGAGUGCCUAUUUUGACACUGGGAUUUUAAAAUACUUAAUUUUCACGUUUCUUAUGUCUCUGUAUGUUUUAACCAUCAGUGCCAAUGUGUUUCUCAUCGUGGUCAUCUGCAUGAACAGAAGCCUACACGAGCCCAUGUACAUGUUUCUGGUCAGCCUGUUCACUAACGAGCUGUUUGGUAGUUCAGGGUUUUUUCCAUUCCUGCUGAUUCAGAUCCUCUCUGACGUUCACACAGUUCCUGCUGUAUUUUGCUUCCUGCAGAUUUUUGUAUUAUUCUGCUACGGCACUGUAGAAAUUCUAAUCCUGGCCGUGAUGUCGUAUGACAGAUAUCUUGCCAUCUGUUAUCCUCUGCAAUAUAACACCCUGAUGACAUUUCAGAGAAUCCUCGUGCUUAUCGCCGUAACGUGGGCUUAUCCUCUGCUGGUGUGCGUGGUGAUGACAUGUCUGAGUACAUCCUUGCAGCUCUGUGGGAAAAUCAUUAACAAAGUGUACUGUGACAACUACUCUGUUGUUCGACUGGCCUGCUCCGACGUCACGGGCAACAGCAUCUAUGGAAUCUUUAUUUCUGUACUCUCAAUAUUUGGCCCUCUCAUGUUAAUCCUCUACACCUACAUGAGGAUCCUUAAAGUGUGUUUUUCUGGCAGCAAACAGACCAGACAGAAAGCCGUCAGCACCUGCACACCUCACCUGGUGUCCCUCAUCAACUUCUCCUGUGGGGCUUUCUUUGAAAUAGUACAGAGCAGGUUUAACAUGAACAGUCUGCCCAAUAUUCUGAGAAUAUUCCUGUCAAUGUACUGGCUCACCUGUCAGCCAUUCUUCAACGCUCUGCUGUACGGCCUGAACCUGUCCAAAAUCCGUAUCAUAAGUAAAAGCCUUGUAUUUGCCAAAAUGUAG